GUUAGAUACAACAAACAUCAUCCCUCCGGUCAUCAAUGCAGUCGUAUAUUUGUCUACCAUCCCUUGCCUUCGUGGCCAUGACUUGAAUGAUCUGCAUCGUAGUGCACUGCAAGUUGUAAUCUGUACUGCUCCAUCCUCUGUAAGCAUCGACCUUGGUACUCGAUGCACCAUCAUAAGCCAACAAAAUUAUGGCCUUCUUCAUGAGCUUCUUCGUGGGUGUGGUAUCCAGUCUGUUUUUCACUUAUUUGCUGAGUCUCCACUCCUUGUACUCAUCACUUAUCUCCGUUAGUCGCAUGGAGCUACUCACACGUCUCUUUACCUAUGCUCUUCGUCAGACCCGAAGCUACCUGGUAUUGGCCGGCGUUGAUAUCUCUUUUCGCCGCGAGAUCCGCCCCUUUCAGGCGUACGAUACACGCUCCUGUAUCUUGACAUGGGACAACAAGUGGAUAUACGUCCUGUCCUACCAUAUACAAGCUGGAGCAGUAGUAGAGGAUGGUGACGGAUGGAUAGCAACACUGUUUGGGAAGGGCGAGCAGGCAGAAAGCAAGAAGGGGCUUAUUUUUACUGUUGCAAUUUCCAAGUUUGUCGCGAAGGCCGGCAGACGUACAGUGUCACCGGGCAAAUUGCUCGAGCUUGGCGGCUUUGUUAAUGCCACCGCAUCGGCAGAAAAGGAAUGGAUGGAAGUGAGACGUGCACACGGCUGGGAUUUAUUACACGGCAAGUGA